CUUAAAUUGAGUAUUUCCUUCAACUUAACUGCAGCAUACAGCAGCUAGAAGGCUAAAACGAUGGGAGACUCUCCACAUCACGUUCACUUCGACCAGACGGUGAUAAAUGAUGGACUGCACGAUAACAGCAUUAUCUACCAAGUUGCACCGGACGGAACGUCCCUCACUGUUCACCUUGGAUUUUUGCAGAUAAAUCACCGCUAUCGCAUAGAGCUAAAUGUACCGGCAUAUGCCAUGAAAGAUGCAGGUUUCGUUGUUGCUGGCAAUAGUGCAUUUAUCGCGCAGGACAUCGCGGUGCCCAAUGUGAACUGCAAACUGCUGGAUUUUUCCUCCUCCACAGUGGAAGUGAAAGGCGUGGAACAUUUUGCGGUGACGCUCGAGUUCUAUGCUUACAAAGAGAAGCUUCUCAAGGAGCAUUUGCGUUUAUGUGGAAAAGAAGAGUCCGAUCGUAAGCUGGAAUUGGUUCUAGUCGCCCGUGUCUUAGGUAAAGGGAAAGGAACACCCAUGCUUCGCAACGGAAUACACUGCAUAGGUGUGGAGAAAGAUGAUGAGGAAUCGGAGAUGUCCGAUUGGCAGGGGUUUUCUAAAGAUAAAUAG